AUGCAGCCAGCCCGCGCUUUAUUGGAUUCUUGUUCCGAGGUAAAUUUCAUCACUGAGGAAACAGCGAAGCGGUUGCAGCUUAAACGGGUUUUCUCACAACAGAAAAUUUCAGGUAUUUCAGAUAUUCGUUCUAACUCAAAAUAUGCAGUAAACGCGACAAUAAAAUCUCGUAUUGGGAAUUUCACUUGUAUUUCGCAAUUCGCCAUAACUAAACGAAUUUCAACUCAUAUACCUUGUGAUUUUAUUCAUACAUUUAAAUGGAACAUUCCUGAAGAAAUCCAACUUGCGCAUCCAUACUUCUACAAACCGCAAAGUAUAGAAAUAUUGCUAAAUGCAGAAAUAUUUUUCGAUAGCCUUCAAGAUGGCAAAGUUUCGCUUGGUCAAGGUUUACCAUGCCUUCAUAACAGCAAACUAGGUUGGAUCGUGGGUGGCAAUUUUGGAACGCCUUCAAAUUCACGCCCAUCAAUUUGUAAUGUCACAUUAAGUUCAAAUCUAUCUAAUAUCGACUCGGUUCUUCAGCGCUUUUGGGAAAUCGAAGAUCUCACUGAAAAGUCAUCUACAUUGCCCGAAGAAGAACGUUUAUGCGAAUGGUGGUAA